GAAUUGGAAGACGUUUACUAUCCCACUGUCGAAAUUUGUAAUCGCUGUCAGUUUUCUAACCUCUUUACCAACGAAUGUACCGGUGUUUCAUACUGUGUUCAAGUUAAUAGUGACUUAUAAUCGCAUAUCAUGAUGUCGCGGUCUGUGCGUGCAGAGACUCGUAGUCGUGCCAAGGAUGAUAUUAAGCGUGUAAUGCAAGUCGUUGACAAAGUUCGCCAUUGGGAAAAAAAAUGGGUUACAAUAGGAGAAACUACUAUGAAGAUUUAUAAAUGGGUACCUAUAUCAACACUUGAUCAGAAGAAGAAAGGAAAGACAGUGGCAGACAAGGAAAAUGGUUUACCAAGGAAAAGUGGAUUAGAUUCUUCAAAUUCCAAUUUUGGACUUACAGAAGACUCAAAUACAUGUUUUUCAACAGUUAGUGAUUCUCAAGGAUUAACUGACUUUUCUGCACAUCUGGGAUUUUCAGAAGAUUCUAAUUCACAAAAUAGUGAACCAACACCUAAAAGGUUAAAGACUGAUUAA